AUGAUUAAUAAAUAUUUAGUAUUUAUUUUACCAAAAAAUAAUGUUGUAGCAGAAAAUUUAUAUUCACAAGAUAAAAUACAAAGAAUUGUUGAAGGACCCGUUAAUACUACUGCCUAUGUUGGUGAUACAGUUAUUUUAAAAUGUCAUGUUGAAAAUCAAGAGGGAACAGUUCAAUGGCUUUUUGAAGGUUUUGGUUUAGAAACAGAAAGAGAUCUUCCAAUGUUUUCACAAUUUAGAAUGGUUGAAAGUCCAAUGAAAGAAGAAUAUGAUUUGGAGAUAACAAAUGUUAUAGGAUGGGAUGAUGGUUUUUAUGAAUGUGAUGAAGUUAGACUUAUAUGUAAUGUUAAUUCAAAACCAGAACAUAGUGGUAAAUAUACAUGGUAUCAUAAUAAUGAACUUCUUAAAAAAGCAACAAAAAAAGUUUUAUAUAUUGAACAUCUAAUACCAGAUGAUCAUAAUUCACGUUUUACAUGUCGUGUAAAUAAUGCAUUAGGAUCUGGUUCUAAUACAAUAUUAUUAAAUGUUAAAUAUGAACCUAAAUUUAUUAGUUCAUCACAAGUAAAAAUUGUUAAUCAAAAUGAAAUGGCAAAAUUUUAUUGUGAAACACAUGGUAAUCCAAAACCUAGAAUAUAUUGGAGAAAAUCUGGUGAUGAACAAAUAAUACAUAAAGAUUCAAAUUUUAUAAUUAAAAUGUACAAAAAUGGCAAACAGUUGAAUAUUAGUGAUCUUCAAGUACGUGCAAAUGAUACAGUAUUUGUUAAUCAUGAAUCAAUAGCAACAUUAUCAUGUGAAUUUCAUGGAUAUCCAAAACCUGGUGAUAUUAUAUGGACAUUUAAUGGUGAAAAUAUUAUCACUGGUAGACCAAGUAAAAGAAAAAAGAAAACAGUAUAUCGAUUAAGAAAUAAAAAACAUGUUGGUGAUAUACAAGUUGAGUGUGCUGCUGUUGAUGAUAUUACUUUUGCUUCUGAAAAAUUAUUACUAUAUAAGUCAAUAAAUCAAAAUAAUCCAGAUUUAGAUUUUAAUGACAGUUAUGGACAAGAAUCAUAUCAAUCUGGUUAUCCAGUAGCAUUUAUUACAACAGAUACUAAUUCAAGUCAAACUACAACUAUUCUUAGAUAUGAUUGUAAUAUAUAUGAUAAUAAUACAACAAAAUUUUGUAGUAAUGAUAGAAAUAAAUUUAUAAAUAUGAAACUUUUAAGAGAAAUUGUAACAGCUGAUAAUGAAAGUGGUACACCAUUAUUAAUUUCAUUGUGUUAA